UAGCACUGUCACCUCACAGGAAGAAGGUUCGAGCCCAGCGGCCAACGAGGGCCGUUCUGUGCGGAGUUUGCAUGUUCUGGCCGUGUCUGCAUGGGUUUCCUCCGGGUGCUCCGGUUUCCCUUACAGUCCAAAGACAUGCAAGUUAAGUUAAUCAUUGGCUCUAAAUUGACCGUGAGUGUGAAUGGUUGUGUGUCAGCCCUGUGAUGAUCUGGCGACUUGUCCAGGGUGUACCCCACCUCUCGCCCAUUGUCAGCUGGGAUAGGCUCCAGCUUGCCUGCGACCCUGUAGAACAGGAUAAGUGGCUACAGAUAAUGGAUGGAUGGAGGUGUAGCAUUGGCUUCGUCUAUCUCUUCUCCUAUUAUUUACUCCAGUUCUGUGGACACACAUGGAUCUUUUCCAACAUGACCGCCAGAUUUCUGUCAUUUGGAUUUGAUGCUUUAGCUGACACAUUUUACUUUGUUGGAGUGAUGAUGAGCCUGUGCCAGCUUUUGUCAAUGCUGGAGCUUUUCCACAUUGCAGAUGGAAUAGAAGAGUGUCGCCUCCUUCCUCGGCUUGUCCAGGUGAUUGAGAGAAAUUUUGUAUUAUUCCUAAUCAUCAGUCAAGAGGAGUUUCAAAGUAAAACAGUAGUGUGUGUGCUGUUUUAUCUGUGGAAUAUUUUACACCUAUUAAGAUACCCGUGUCAACUGAUGUGUCUUAUUAGCACACCAUCAUUCAAUAUGCUGUGGGCGAGAUACACCAUCGCCGUCCCCGUCUACAUACUCUCUGUGAUCACAGAAGUUAUCAGUAUUUACCAGGCGUUGCCAUAUUACGAGUCGCAAGGCACAUAUUCUGUUCAACUGAAAACACCUGUCUCAGUCUAUGUACAUUUCCCGUGCCUGCUAAUGGCUUACCUCCCUCUGUUGGCAGCAGGGUCUGGCUUAACAGUAUGGAUCUUACUUGAAGAAAGGAGUCAGUCUCUUAACAGCUGGAACAAGAAGAUAAAAAGGGCCUAAGUGAAGAGGAAAUAUACGCCACUUCUCCAUGGUUACUGCACAAAAAUAAUGUAACUUUGUUGAAGUGAAAAGGACAUGAACCCAAAAUACGCAUCUGCAUUUACUUAUUUUUGGCCGUUAAGACUGAAGGGAUAUGGCACACCCAGUAUCAAUAACAUACAAUGUGGCACUUGAAAUGGAACGGACUAAUACUGCACAUUUUCACAGUAACAGUCUAAAUGUCAUCAGCUUAGCAUUGGUGUAUUAUGAUAACGCAUUUAUAUUCCUUUAACCCUUUCACUACUGUGGACUGCUAUUCCGGUCUCAUUGUUCUAGGGAAACCCCUUCUGGAAAAAGCUAUGCAGUGUUGAAAGGGUUAACAGAUUCUUGCCAAAAACAUGCUAAUAUUUUGCAGGUCCUUUUGAAACAUGGAAGUGCUUUGCUGUUUUACCAUAAGGAACAUUACUGGUUUUAAUCUUGAUCAUUGCUCUAACAUGAACACUUUUUGUUUUGACUUGUGAACAGUUUUUAAACCCACCACUGGCACACAUGUAGACAAGGACUCCGUGUGCUGAAUUUACUCUUAUAAAAUCUUCCACAGGACGGCAUGCGUAAUGUGUGGCUUGUGUGACGGAUGUACUUUUAUAAAGUACUCUGUUGGAAGAUCACCAGCCAUAUGCUCUCGUCCACACUGUCUUCUUCUUGAACUCUGGGGUAGACUUCAAUGCUAGUAAGGCCGCUGAGGAGACAAAUUAAAGCUGGUUAAGGACGAGUGUUAUAAUUAUAAUAUUAUAAUUAUAUUCUUUAAUAUGAAAUAACAUUUCAUUUUUUUCUAAACUCCUUUAGACUUUAACACUGGACACAUGAGGUAUGAAGUCUGCAAAGUUUUCCAGUAACUUUGCAGUAGUUUAUGUGAACCACGGUGGUCUGACAACAGCAACUAGAUUUGAGAAUGUUGCAACCACAAGUUCAACAGUCUCACCUCUUGCUACCUGUGAUAAAGAUUCCUCAGGAGCUUCUGUUAGGCUGAAGAGCCAGUCAAUGAACUGAGAGAAAACCAAAGAUAGACAAGAAUUAUUUCUAUAUUCCACAGUCUUUUAUAGAUCGAAACCUUUACUACCAUAAAAGCACAACACAAAAUACAGAAGAACCCAACAAACAUCUAAACAUUCUUUAGAAAUUCUGUAUUUGAUUGAAUUAAUUUUGACUAUUAUUAUUAUUACAACCCCAAAUCAGAAAAAAAAUCGAAGGGUAAUAGAACAUGCAAAUUAAAAAAAAGAAAGCAGAGAUUUCUAAAUUUACUUUGACUUGUAUUUCAUUGCAGACAGUAUGAACCCAAGAUAUUUCGUCUGGUCGACUUCAUUUCAUUGGUUAAUAUACAACCAUUCCUGCAUUUCAGGCCUGCAAUACAUUCCAAAAAGAAGUUGGGACGGGGACAAUUUAGGGCUAGUCAUGAAGUAGCACAAUUAAAUAAUGAUGUGAUUUGAAACAGGUGAUUGGAAUAUCAUCUCAUCUCAUUAUCUGUAGCCGCUUUAUCCUGUUCUACAGGGUCGCAGGCAAGCUGGAGCCUAUCCCAGCUGACUACGGGCGAAAGGCGGGGUACACC